AAAUAGAGAUAGCAUUGUGAUUUUAUCACUAUAAAAGUUUGAGGCGUAACAGAUUUGUUCUGCGGUCGCCAGUCUUCCAACGAUGCUGCUGGUCUCUGCGUUGCUGUUCGUCACACUCCUGAGUGGGGCGUGCUCGGAAGACGUGCACCAGGUUUUUUCAGGGAAUGUGUACGCCGUUGUAAAUACCACGUAUGGAUCUGUGAGAGGACAGCUCGUCAACUCUAAUGUUCCGAAUGGAGGGCAGUACUACAUUUUCAAAGGAAUCCCCUACGCCAAGCCACCGGUGGGGGAUCUGCGUUUCAAGGCGCCGGUGGCCCACCCGGCGUGGAGCGGGGUGAGGGACGCCCUCCAGUUCGGCUCCACGUGCGUCCAGCAGGAGAACCCGGGGACCGGCGCUGAGGACUGCCUCUUCGUGAGCGUGUUCACGCCGCAGCUGCCGGGUCACGGGGUCACCCUGAAGCCGGUGAUGGUGAACAUCCACGGCGGAGGCUUCACCCACGGCUCGGGCAACACCUCGCCCGACCGCAUGCUGCAAGAGGGCAUCGUGUUCGUGAGUCUCAACUACCGGCUCAGCGUCCUCGGCUUCCUGAGCGUGGACAGCACGGUGGUGUCGAGCAACAACGGCCUGAAGGACCAGUCCCUGGCGCUGCGCUGGGUGCACGCCAACAUCGCCCGGUUCGGCGGCGACCCGGCCCAGGUCACCAUCUUCGGCCAGAGCGCCGGCGGCGCCAGCAUCGAGUUCCAGAUGCUCUCUCCCUUGUCGCGAGGACUGUUCCAUCGGGCAAUAUCCGACAGCGGGUCCGCCCUCAACCCAUGGGCCUUCCUCAACUCGACGGCUGACAGAGCGUUUGCUCUCGGCAAGAGAUUGGGUCACACCACCACUGAUGCCACGAGCCUGGUCAAAUUCCUCAAGUCUGUGUCAGCACAAAACCUGGAGAAGAGCGUGGACCCAUACAACCCGUUCCCGCCGACUCUGGAGUACCAGCACCAGCAGGGCUCGGAGGUGUUCCUGCCGGAGGAGCCAAUCAUGCUGCUGAGGCAGGGUCGCUACACGCAGGUGCCCUACAUCACCGGCUGCAACAACAAGGAGCAGAAGGAGGAUCCAUACGUGUUGCAGUUCAUCAGCAAGCCGGAGCUGUGGAAGAAUGUGGACAUGCAGCGCUUCAUCCCCGACGACCUGCACCUGACCAGGAACUCCAAGCUGUCCGAGGAGAUCGCUACCGAGAUGAAGAAGUUCUACCUGGGCACCGGGACCCCGUCCGCGGCCGAAAUCAGCUCUCUUGUCGACGUGGACAGUGACCAGAAGUUUGUGACUGGAAUCCACAGGUCAAUUAAACAGCGACUAGCCCACGGAAACUCACACUUGUAUGUGUACGAGUUCUCUUAUGAUGGACUACUUAGCCCAUCUAAAGGAAAAUCACCAAUAAAAGGUGCUGCCCAUGCAGACGACAUAGGAUACUUGUUCUACAUCUACCAGAAGGUAUCAGGUGUAACUGAAAGUUCUACAGACGCAAAAGUGUCCCAGAGGAUGGUGAAAAUGUGGACUAAUUUUGUGAAGUACGGCAACCCAACACAAGGGAUGACUCCGGCCUGGCUCCCCUCCACCAAGGCCAGCCCCGCCCACUUGUCGAUAGACGCGGAGACACGUCUGGUGCGCGAGGACCUGGCGGCUAGGAGGAUGGCCUUCUGGGACAAGAUCUACGCUUCCAUGCACAAGGUGUGAUCCCACCGCGGGCAGAUGGAGCGUGGAAGAUAGAGUUUCAACCUUCUGGCUGUACCUCGGACCUUUCCUCUACAGCUGGUCUUCUAAGUUCGAUUCAAUACCUGUCUUAGAACUGUUAUGGCUGGUUUGAUUUAAUGUGUAGGCAAAUAAUUAUAUACAUUGUUCACAGA